AUGGCUUCGAGACCUACCGUCACCAUCAUCGGCAAGGAUGGCAAGUCCUCCGGCAACACCCACACCCUGCCGGCUGUCUUCCUGAGCCCUAUCCGCCCCGAUAUCGUCCAGGAGGUUCACAAGGGCAUGGCCAAGAACAAGCGCCAGCCCUACUCCGUCAGCGAGAAGGCCGGUCACCAGACCUCUGCCGAGUCUUGGGGAACUGGUCGCGCUGUUGCCCGUAUCCCCCGUGUCUCCGGUGGUGGUACUCACCGCGCCGGUCAGGCCGCCUUCGGUAACAUGUGCCGUUCCGGUCGCAUGUUCGCCCCUACCAAGACGUGGCGCAAGUGGCACGUCAAGGUCAACCAGGGCCAGAAGCGCUACGCUACUGUCUCUGCCAUCGCCGCCUCCGGCGUUGCCCCUCUCCUCCAGGCCCGCGGUCACCAGAUCUCCAACGUCCCCGAGGUUCCCCUCGUCGUCGACUCGGCUCUCUUCGAGAACGCCGCCGUCGCUCGCACCGCCGCUGCCGUCUCUCUCCUGAAGACCGUCGGCGCUGCCGACGACGUCGAGAAGGUCAAGAAGUCCAAGAAGCUCCGCGCCGGUAAGGGCAAGCUCCGUGGCCGCCGCUUCCGCCAGCGCCGCGGCCCCUUGGUCAUCUACGACCCCGAGGUCGACGGCAAGGAGCUCGUCACCGCCUUCCGCAACGUCCCCGGUGUCGAGACCUCCCCCGUCACCGCCCUCAACCUCCUCCAGCUCGCCCCCGGUGGCCACCUCGGCCGCUUCGUCGUCUGGACCUCUGCCGCCUUCAAGUCCCUGGACACCAUCUACGGCACCACCACCGAGCCCUCCGCCCUCAAGAAGGACUUCCUGCUGCCCUCCAACAUCGUCUCCCAGAGCGACCUGAGCCGUCUGAUCAACAGCUCGGAAACCCAGUCCGCCCUGAACGAGCCCAAGGGCUACGCUCUGACCCGCCGCUCCGCGGUCCAGAAGAAGAACCCCCUCAAGAACAAGCAGGUCAUGCUCCGCCUGAACCCCUACGCCUCGGUAUUCUCCAAGGCGGCUGCCCAGAAGAAAUAA